UGAAUAAAAAAAGAGAAACAAAAUCAAAAUUGGAAAGAUCCAUGACAAGAAAAGAACAAUUCGUAAUCAAUGCGCUUAAUUUAUGAGAAGCGAAUUGAAAUGCAGUUGGUAUGCAAUGAAAAUAUGCUAUUGAUAAAAGCACAAAAACUCAAUUUAUUGUUAUAGCUUGUUUGGUUAUUCUCUAUUGAUUUGUGUAAAUGUGUAAAAAAUUUAGGAAACCUUCUUCCGCACAUAGACAAAAAAAUACCGAACUUUAUUUCGUUUGAUUUCCUUCUUUGCACACGGUUCAUUAUUACUGUUUGGGUUUUAGUGUAUCUAUAUAAUACCCAAUACACCCGAUCAACAACUCUCACCCUCUCUAACCGAAUCUCAUUCAUCUCGUGACUUGAAUCCAUGCCAAGCAUUUGAGAAAGAGAGUACACAACUAAAUAAGAAAAAAAGAACACAACCGAUUGAAUUCAAACAACAACAAGAGAAAUUCGUUAAAGGAUCACAAGCAGUAGAUGAAAAACUUUUGUUUAAUUUGAAAUAAUUCUUUGUGAACCAAAGACAUCAACAUCCAACGAAAUAAAAAAUUCACAAGCGUUACAAAAAAAAACACACACAACAACUGAUAAACACACUGCUUACAGUUGACAAAAAACUACAACCCCCAAUUUCGUUCGUAUUAUUCGUUUAGGAUUUUGUGUAAAAUCAAAUCACGGCCAACGAGAGCACAACUAUUUUGGUUUGAUGUGAAAAAGUGCUACAUGUUUUCGUUGUGCAAGAUAUAGAAAAAGUGCAGUUUUCUUAUUUGUAUCUCUGUACGUAUAUAUGACGUCGUUUUUGACUCCAAUAAGCUCUCUUAGAAAGCAUCUGCCACCAAAAACGAAAAGUGUGCGCUUUAGCAACAUUUUCAAUGGCAACAAGUUUCCUAUACUUGUCAUAUAUUUAGAGAGAGAGAGAGAGAUAGAGCAAAAAAAUUGCACAUCAACAUCCUGAGCCGAGCUGAGCCGAGACAAAACCGAAAACAAUACACAAAAAAUCAAGAACGAAACAAGAAAAGUUUUCGUAAAUGUGAAUGUAUAUGUAUUGUGUUUUUCAACGACAAAAAAAAAACAGAGAACGAAAUAACAAAACAACAGAAAGCACUAAGAAACAUCAAAGACAAAAAUAGAUAAAGAACAUAGAGAGAGAGAGAGAGAGAGAGAGAGAGAGAGAGAGAGAGAGAGAAAGUACGUCGAACAAAAGAUUGAAAAUACACAGUGAGUGAGAUAAAUUUAAUAACUCAACUAACAAUCGAAUUUAUACUUUAGAGAAUUGAAACUAAAAAAGGGCAAACACAAGAAAAAAAGUUUUACAAAAGGGAGAGAAAAAAAUCGACAAAAGACCAGUGGCAGCAUCAAUAAAAAAAUCUUCCUCCCCAAAGAAACAAAGAAGAAGUAAAAUGUUAUUUCAGUGCAACGUCUGCUUCUAUUCACUUACCAACUGGUGAAAACUCAUUCGUUCAAUCGAAAGAGAUAGAAAAAAUAUUGUUAAAAUAAAAGUGCUCAGCCACACUCAACAUACACCGAAAGCACUUUGCUUCAACGGUGACUUUUUUAGUGAUGGUGAUGGAGUUUCCAUAAAAAACAUAUUAAAGACAGCAGUGAAAAAACAACAACACAAAAAUCAAAUCCCAAAACGAAAACAUCAAUCAAACAUUUUUUUUUUGAUAUUUUUCACAAAACUAUCGAUACUAUUAGAUAACUAACGAAAAGGCAAUAAAAACAAUAACUAUUGCUACAAACCAUUUUGUAUGGCAGCAUAUUGCUAUUGACAGGAUAAGGCUGCUUACCCACAAAUAUAUUUAUAACAAGGUCCUAAUCAUCAUAACUAUUUAUUCGGAAUUUUCUUUUCUUCAUCAAAUAAACCACCAAUAUGAUGUCGCAACAAAGGAGCUUAGAAAAACUUCUCUACAUAAUACUAACAGCGAUGAUAGUCGUGCAAACAAGUGCGGCUCAACAGCAAAAAUUUAAAGUAACGCCACAUGAUUUACAAGUGCUGGAAGGUUCGGAAGCGGUUCUUCGUUGUGAAGUAUCAAAUUUAGCUGGACAGGUGCAAUGGACAAAGGACGGUUUUGCAUUAGGUUUUUCGGCCGUAAUACCGGGUUUUCCAAGAUAUUCUGUGCUAGGUGAUCGUUCGCAGGGCGUGUACAAUUUGCGAAUAUCAAACGCAUCACUGGAAGACGAUGCCGAAUAUCAGUGUCAAGUUGGACCAGCCAAAUUUAAUUCAGCUAUUCGCGCCAAUGCUAAAUUAACUGUGAUAUCUCCACCGUCAAAUACUGAAAUCCAAGGCUAUGGGCACAAUUCCAAAGUAGAGGUACGCGAAAAUCAAGACUUAACACUGACAUGUAUCGUUUCUGAUGCGAAACCAGCCGCUCAAAUCCAAUGGUAUCGAAAUAAUGUGGAAAUCAAAACAGAUCGCCGUGACGAUAAAGUAAUCGAAUCAAAUAAACGAUUUACAACGACAUCACGUCUCCAACUAUCACCAACACCCGACGAAGAUUACGUGGAAUACUCCUGUCAAGCAAAGCAUAAAGCUCUACAACCAGAUAUGCCAAUGAGAGCCACCGUUCAAUUAUCUGUUCUAUAUCCACCAGGAGCACCAUACAUUGAAGGAUACACAACCGGCGAAACAUUACGUCGCGGUCAAAACGUUGAACUUGUGUGUAAAAGUCGUGGCGGAAAUCCACCAGCCCAAUUGAUUUGGUAUAAGAAUGGCGUACAAGUUCGCAUGGCAUAUAGGACCUCGGGUAGAAUAUCGGAAAAUAUUUACUCGUUUACAGCUGAAGCCAAUGACAAUAAAGCACGUUUUCGAUGUGAAGCCAGCAAUAUUAUGUCACAAACACCGCUGAAAGCUGAAGUUGAUUUAACCGUUAUGUUUGCACCAACUCAUGUGACUAUAACGGGCGCAACGGAAGCUCGAGUUGGUGACGUUGUACCACUACAAUGUGCAACGGCACCAUCAAAUCCACCGGCUGAAAUAAAAUGGAUGGUUGCUGGAAAACAAAUACGAAAUGCUACUUCAAAAACAGUUGUUUCACCUGAAGGCGGCUGGGUGACCACAUCCAAUAUAACGGCUCUAGUUGAACCAAACAAACGAUCAUUAGUGGUAAUCUGUCAUGGGCUAAAUAUGCAACUCACUGAGAAUGUUGUAUCAACGCACACCGUUAAUGUUUUAUAUCCACCAUCCUCACCAAUAAUAUCUGGUUAUGUCGAGGGUUCAAUUAUACCCGCGGGAUCUAUACAAAAGUUAGUUUGUAUAUCGUCUGGUGGCAACCCGUUAGCAACGUUACAAUGGUACAAGAAUGAUAAAAAGAUAAAUUCAGCGCUGAAAACAAACGAUAAAUCCGUUUCGGCUGAAAUCAACAUUUUGGCAAAUGUCACCGACAAUCAGGCGAUUUAUAAAUGUGAGGCGCAUAAUAGUGCUACUGAAAUUCCAUUAUUUGAGACGAAAACACUCAGUGUUCACUUCGCUCCGGAAACCGUUAAAAUUCGUGUUGAACCAGCUGAACUGGUACCAGGUGUGGAAGCAACACUCAUUUGUGAUUCAAGCUCAAGCAAUCCGCCGGCAAAAUUAAGUUGGUGGAAAGAUGGUAUACCCGUACCCGUUGAAGGUAUAAACAAUGCAUCAAAAGCAGGACUAUGGGGUGGCACUGUUUCGUCGCUCGAAUUGAAAAUCAAUGUGACACAGGAAAUGAAUGGUAUUGUGUACACGUGUCAAAGUAACAAUGAGGCACUACAACGAAGCGUUCACGAAGCUCAGGCACUACAAGUUCUAUAUCCACCAGUAUUCGUUCCACCGCCAUCAGCAAAAGUUGUUGGAAUUGAAGGCGAAUCAUUGCAAGCAGCCGUACAAGCGCACGCAAAUCCAAUGUCAAUCACUUACACAUGGAUGAAAGACGGUUUACCGAUCAUAAACAAUGGCGAACGCAUCGUAUCUGAUGGACCCGUUUUAAAUAUAACCAAAUUAACUCGUAGCGAUACAGGCAAUUACACAGCAAAAGCUUCGAAUUCACAAGGAUCGGCCACAGUGAAUAUUUAUGUUUUCGUUGAAUAUGGUACAACAAUUAAAGCCGUUUCAGAGAAUGUUAUUGGAAAACCCGGUGAUGAUGCCACACUAUCAUGUACUGUCGAAGGUCAACCACUGAGUGCAGAGCAUGUACGAUGGGAACGCUUAGGCUAUGACAUGAGCGAAAAGACCAAAGUUACCUUUGUAAAUGGCACUUCCUACCUUACGAUAAAGGAUGCCCAACGUGAGGAUGUUGGUAAUUUCCGUUGUAUAGCCGAUAAUCGUGUUGCGAAUCCAACAAGUCGAGACGUUUUGCUCAUUGUCAAAUUUGCACCAGAAAUCGAUAAAACCAUUUUGCGUGCGGCAAGCGGUGAAAAUGAACGUGGUCGAUUGCCAUGCCGUGCCCAGGCCGCACCAAUGGCAAAGUUCGUGUGGACAUACAAUGGUCAAAAUUUAAAUGUGAAUAAAACAUGGAAAUACAAUGUUGAAUUGAAACAAAUUGAUCCAUUGACCUAUGAAUCAACGUUGUUAAUCGAAAAAGUCGGCAAAAAUGAUUAUGGUAAUUAUGAGUGUAUGGCGCGAAAUGAAUUGGGUGUAUCGAAGGAAAAUGUUCGAUUAGAAGUAACAUCAAAACCAGACACACCGCAGAGCCUCAACAUAUUGAAUACAACGCAUGAUUCGGUGACAGUUGCUUGGACGCCCGGUUUUGAUGGUGGCAUGAAAGCCAGCUAUCGUAUACGAUACCGCGAAAUGAACAGUGAACAUUAUAAAUACGAGGAUGGAUUACCAAAUAGUCUCAAAUUAACAAUUACCGGUCUGAAAAUGAAUACGGUGUAUUUAUUCUCGGUGAUGGCAUCAAAUCAUUUGGGAAACAGCAACUACUUACCGGAUUUGACAAGAGCACAAACUAAAGAUGCACCGCCAACAGGUCAACCAGCAUCGUCACUCGGUGGACCACCAACAACCAGUGCAACACCGACGCAUGCCAUAUCAGGCACAUUACUGAUUGUCGGCAUUGCGUGUGGCACAUUAUUAGUGUUAAUUAACAUACUUAUAAUCGGAUGUUGUCUUCACAAACGCAAUACCAAACAAAUCAAACGAGAAGCUUCAAAUCAAAACAGCAAAUCAGCCACCAUUGAAAUGUAUGCACCGAGCUCGUACAAUGACACUGUAACCGGCGAAACUCUCUCAAGUGUAUCGGAAAAAAGUGAUUCAUAUUCGAAUGAAGGAAGUCAACCAGAUUAUAUGGAUGAAACUCGCAAAAAGGCUGCAUCAACGUAUUUGGUAGAAAAUUCGGAUAUACCACCACCCCGUUAUCAGGAUGGCACAUUGCCCAUGAAUUAUCCAAAUAAUACUGCAAACUCAGUUAAUACGCGGACGUUGCCUCAUCCCCGACACAAUAGCCAUGUCAUCGAUCCAAGAGCACGAGAUGAUCAAAUGCUUGGCAAAGGAUAUAUGCCAUCACCAUCACCUGCAUUGCCAUUAGACGGAUCUUACUAUAAUAUGAACAGUGAUCGCUAUUUAUCGUAUCCACCAAUGGAUUAUCCAAAUGUGGAAUUUUCAACGCCACCAUUACAAAUGACACACAUAAUGCCAAUAAAUGGUACGAUUAUGAAUGCGGGCGGCGGAACAUUACGGCGUGGUGCUGGUGGUAUGCGCGCAAUGGUACCACCACCGGAUGUAACGCAUCACACAACAAAUCAUUCAAAGUCAACACACGAUCUAAACAAUUCGAUUAAUCAAAAUGUUUCACAACAAACACUAAAUAAUCAUAGUAAUAAGUCAUCCCAAUUAUCAUCAAAUAACAGUAGCAUGACCACAUCAACGAAACAACCACCGGGUAUUUUAAAAGAUCCAAAUCGUAAGCAACAACAGCAACAGCAACAACAACAGCAAAUGCUCGCACAUCCAAAUAUGCAAAUAUUGAAUGUGCAAAAUGCGCCAGGUAUUGGUAACAGCCUGUUGAUGACCAGCACCGGUAGCACGAUCGGCGUCGGUACAUACGAACCAAAUCCGCAUAAUUUAAGUUCAUUCAAUGCAUCAAUGGGCUAUACAGAUGCUGAUGGUCAUCUUGUGUGAAUAUUUCACUAAACGAAAAAAAAACAAUACUACAUUUAAAUUUAUUUGAGGGAAAAAUAAAAAAAAGUGUUAUAUUGCUUUAGAUAAUUGAAUUAGCCACGUAUAGCUCGUAAUGGCAACACAAAAAAGACAAUUUACAAAGAUACGUAUUAAUAAGGAAAUACUUGUGAAGAGAUUAAGUGAAUAAAAAUAUAAAAAAUAAUAAUACACGCAAAAAAAAACGAUUGAAUGAAAGUAAUGAUUUUAUGUGUGUUUGAUCGCAGCGCGUUGAGUGUGUCGGAAAGCGAUACGUUAUUCAGUCAUACAUACAUCGAAACUAUGUUCAGUUGAAAUUGUUUUUUCUAUUGUAUAUGAUAUAUAAAUGAAAUGUGCAUAAAAUUCAAAUGAUUUUCCUUUACUUAUCAAUGCAAAACUAAAACAAUUACAUUUUUAUGCCCUCUCAAAUUGUCCAUCCCCAAAUACAAUCUAUCUAUAUACUAUCUUAUCCCAGUGUGUGUAUCAACGCAUAGCUUUCCAAACAUUCUCAUUUCAAAUCUUAAAAAAACAUGUAUUUACAAAUAGAUAAAAAAAUGCUCUUCUUGUAGACAAACAAACACACACAAAAUAUGAAUACAUUCAUUAAUAGUGAGUUAAUAAACAUUUAAACACAAAAUAGAACUCAACCGACCCAAAAAAAAUACACAAACAAUAGAUUUACGAAUCGAAAAUCAAACUGAAUUGUGUAAAAUGUAAUAACAGAUUAGCAAUUGCUAAUUUGGCACGACAUUAAAGGGAAAAAAAAAACAAAAACAAAAUAAUUUUUACAAAUAAGAUUAAGAUGGUAAAACUUGAAAAAGGCCAUCGAGUCAUAAACAUAAUAAUCAUAUACAACAGCCGAUGAUUGAUGAUUUAAAAAAAAUCAAACACAUUUAACAAAGAAACUCAUUAAUUGUUAUCAACAUAAGUAAGAUUAAACAUUUUAAAAUUUAAAAACCGAUUGGAAACAAUUGGACAUUUCUACUUUAAGAUGAAACCGUAAUCAAAUUACGUAGCUACUCAGAAAAUUGGGAGAGAAAAGAAAAACAAGAACUUUAAAGAACUUUUAAACGCCAGUGAAAAGAGAUUCCUUUUUUUAAAUAAUUGUUCUUUGUUUUCGGAAAUCCCGUUCUUGUUUAUAUGUAUCCUGAAACAGUGAAACCAUACCACUGCCGAAUUUCGUUUCUUUUUUGUUAAGAAAUUGCUUCUCCCAUUCAACAACAAAAAAAAACUGUAAAAUAUGGAGAACACAGAGCAAAAACACAAUAACAGACAUUUAAACAGAAAAAAAUAGCUAAGAUUUUAUUAGAAGCUUUUGUCUCGCGUAAAUGAUGCGUUAAUGACUGUAAAUAAAAAGUAAAUAAGUAACAAAAUGAGAUUUAACCGAAAAGAAAUGGAAACACUAGUUUUAGAAUAAAAUUCAAUUUUUGUUAGUUGAUAAACUAAGAGGGGGCGGUGUCGUGCGAAUAAAAACCGCUCAUCAACACACACACAAACAAACAUAAGCUAAUCAAUAAUAUAACAUUUGUAAAUAGUAAUUUAACUCAUUUUUAACAAAAAAAAAAAAAAAGAAAAUUGAUUAUUAACUUAAAAGACGAAGAAAAAAAACAAACAAAAGUGUGGAAGACAGGGAAUGGGCCUUUUUUUCGUGGUGAAUAUCAAAAUAAUAUAAUAAAAUAUGCGAUACAUAACGCACAUCCAAAGAAAUCACCAAAAAAAUGUACCAUUCAAAUGACUAUUCUUCAAUCCGUCUCCUUCACAACAAAAACAACAACAACAACAUGAAUCAAACAGAUCUAAUUAUUAUUAUUCAAUUGUAUGGUUUUAAAACUUUUUAUUUUUGUUUAAUUUUUCUUUUAUGUCGUCUGUGUCGUUAUCGUCGUCAUAGAGAUCAAACUCAAACACAAAACAAUUCAUAAAACACUAAACUCUAAUUCAAAUUGAUAUAGAUUACAAGUAAAUGGAUACAUUAAUUAAUUUUUUUCGUCUCUCUUUA